GCCCUGGGAGGGAAGCGGGGUGGGUGAGGAGGAGCCGCCUUGCCCCCACACCCCCUCCAUGUCGGGUGCGGGCGGGUUUGGCGGGCACUGACCCCCGCUAUGAGCCCCCCCUGCUGUGGCCCAUGGGGAGGGAGCUGAGCCAGAGUAAACGCAGUGUGGCCCUCUCCAGUGAGGGGGUCUGGAUAAGCAUCCCUGAGAGACACGACAAAAGGGGGAGUGUGGCAGGGAAGCCCUGGGGGAGGCCGUGCAGGUGGCGGGGGCUCGGGACAGGCCUCGGGCAGAGGAGGGUGGCGGCGUCCGGUUCUAGCUCAGGUUCCUGUCGCCUCCUUAGGAUGAGCGGGAAGGUUCCCCCGGGCCUGGAGGGCAGGGUCCGGAAAACACUGCAGAAGGUCUUCGGGUUCGAGUCCUUCAAGACUUCCCUGCAGGAAAGUGCGACCAUGGCUGUGGCGAGAGGAGAGAAGGAUGUCUUUGUGUGCAUGCCCACAGGGGCAGGGAAAUCCUUGUGCUACCAGCUUCCUGCAGUUCUGGCAGUGGGCAUCACCAUUGUCAUUUCACCUCUGAUUGCACUGAUUCAGGAUCAAGUGGAUCACCUGCUGGCUCUGAAGAUCAAAGCCUGCUCUCUGAACUCCAAGCUGUCUGCCCAGGAGAAGAAAACCAUCCUGGCUGACUUGGCAAGUGAGAAGCCUCAAGUAAAGCUUCUGUACAUCACCCCAGAGAUGGCAGCUGCCUCUUCCUUCCAGCCAACACUGAACUCCCUGGUGUCCAGAAACCUCCUGUCCUACCUGGUCAUUGAUGAAGCUCACUGUGUUUCCCAGUGGGGACACGACUUCCGCCCCGACUACCUGCGCCUGGGCUCCCUGCGCAGCCGCAUCCCCCGCACCCCCUGCGUUGCCCUGACUGCCACUGCCACCAAGCAGGUCCAGGAGGAUGUGGUGGCAGCACUCAAGCUCAAACAGCCACUCUCCACCUUUAAGACUCCUUGUUUCAGAUCUAACUUGUUCUAUGAUGUGCAGUUCAAAGAGCUCCUUACUGAUCCCUACGCCAACUUGAAGGAUUUCUGUCUGAAGGCGCUUGAAGUGAAGGGCGCCGCUGGGGUGUACUCCGGCUGUGGCAUCGUGUACUGCAGGAUGAGGGAUGUGUGUGACCAGUUGGCCAUUGAGCUGAGCUACCGAGGGCUGAAAGCCAAGGCCUACCAUGCAGGGCUCAAGGCAGCUGACAGGACUUCUGUCCAGAAUGAAUGGAUGGAGGAGAAGAUCCCUGUCAUUGUUGCAACCAUCAGUUUUGGAAUGGGAGUAGACAAAGGAAAUGUCAGAUUUGUUGCCCACUGGAAUAUUGCCAAGUCAAUGGCUGGAUAUUACCAGGAGUCUGGCAGAGCUGGGAGAGAUGGAAAACCAUCCUGCUGCCGUCUCUAUUACUCAAGGAAUGACAGGGAUCAAGUCAGCUUCCUGAUCAAGAAGGAGCUCUCUAACAUCCAGGAAAAAAAGGGCACCUUAAAAGAGUCUGACAAAGCUGUGAUGACAGCUUUUGAUGCCAUUGUGAACUUCUGUGAGGAGCUGGGCUGUCGCCACGCUGCCAUAGCAAAGUACUUUGGCGAUGUCACCCCACCUUGCAACAAGUGCUGUGACUUCUGCAAGAACCCAGGGGCAGUGAAAAGGCAACUGGAGGCACUGGAACGCUGCAGCAACAGCUGGAGCAAAACCUGCAUCGGGCCCACGGGAUCCUCCUGGGACAGCUACGACCCAGAGCUCUACGAGGGCGGGAGGAGAGGCCUCAAAGGCUUCAGCAGGUAUGAUGAGGAGGGCAGUGAGAAUUGGGAUGAAGACAAUGAGAAGCGUCGGAAACGGGAGUGGGACGACUUCUACAAGAAACAGAUGAGUCUGCGCAAAGGCAAAGAACCAGAAAAGGAAGAUUUUGUUCCUCCAAGUGCAGACUGUCCCCUGAAGGAGGCUGCCAGCAGAAGGAUCUCCAAGCUCACUGUGAAGGGCCGGGAACACUGCCUGAAAAUGCUGGAAGAAGCUUUGAGCAACAACCAAAAGACUCCAGCAGCAGAAGGAAAAUGGUCAGACCCUGCUGCCUGUGCAGUGGAAAUGGAAUAUGAAGCUUUCCGGACCAGCAAAAUGGCAAAUUCCUACAAGGCAGCUGUGCUAAAGAAGGUGGCAGAAAUCAAUAAAGCCUCCAAACAAGGGGAAUUGUUCUCAGUCUUUGGGUCUGGAACAGGAGGUAACAGCAAUUUGGAAACAAAAUCUGUGUCUCUAGCAGAAGGGGACUUUGUCCUUGCAUCCCAGGUUCCCUCGUUCAAACCCAAGCGUGUGGGAGCAGGAUUUCCAAAGAAAUCCAGCUUGUUCCAGACAGCUUCAGAACUGCUGAAGAUCCACGAGGAGAGUGAUGCAAAGCCUGUCAGAAAAGACUGUCCAAGUGGGCAAGACAACAGCAGCUACAGUCUGGACCUGGACACCAGAAACUCUGUUCUCCAGAGGGAAGAAACUGCAACCAAAGCAGUGGGUGAGAGUGCAGGGGUAGAACUACACCGAGAAAAGAAGGGGCAGCAACCCAGUCCAGACACAAAAAGUGCCCUUGGGGAGAGCCCUGCUAAGAAGUCCAAACGUAGCAAGAAGCAGCAAAUGCUUGCAGAAGCAGCUAAAAAGGAAUCACAGGAUAUUUCCAAAUUCUUCUCCCUCCCCAAAGCUGGCUCUAAAGCCCAAAGCUGCAGCAUACCACAGGGAGAUGGCUGUUCUGCAAGCACACUACCUCAGGUUUCUUCUCAAAGUGUGUGUCAAGAGAAACCAACACCUCAGGAAAACAAAGAUGGCUCUGGAGACCUGACUGGGCAGUUCCAGGAGGAGAAUAAAGAACUGAGAGAAACAGAAAUAACACUGACUGAGAGAGGAGAGAAUUCUAAGACCCAGCAGGCUGCUGAAUGUGAAUUCCUUGAGGAAGAAAUGGAUGUGAAGUCCAGUAUUGCUGCAAAUGUUGCAGAAACUGAGCUACCUGGUGUUGGAGAAGGUGACAAUGGGAAGCGGCCAGGAUCAGAUGAGGAUAUGGAAAGUCCUGCAAAAAAGCGGCUCCGGACCGCGACAAAAUCUUCAAUUCUGACCCAGCCAGAGGGCAAAAGUGUUGGUCCAACAAAGAAGAAGGUGACUUUUGACUCAAACUUAGCACAGUGUGAUAAAGAAGGAAGCAGCGGGACCAUACAGCCAGUGACCAAAGGCGUGUCCCUCAAAGAGACUGCAGACAUCGUUGUCAAGUAUUUGACCCCAUUCUACAAGGGGGGCAAAUUUGCUUCCAAGGAUCUCUUCAAGGGCUUUGCCAGACACCUGUCUCACUUACUGACCCUGGAGCAGGGCCCUGCCCGCAAGACAGAUGGUGUUUCCUCUCUUGCAGUGAAGGAGGAAGCACAGAGACUCAUCAAGGAGUUUUUCAAAACAAAGCUCAGGUGUGAGAGUGAGGCAGACUGGGAGGAGCUGCAGAGCUUGGAGAGCUGAUCCCUGCUGCUUGUUGGCUCUUCCUUCCUGCAGCAGUACCACCAGGGGAUGUGGAAGAACUCGGCCAUGGAGGCUCUCAUGAGACUGCAGAAAUGAGAUUUAUUUUUCUUUUCCCCACUGCAUUUUUGCUCGCUUCUGUCCUUAGUGACACACAUUCAAGGGAACCAGUUUUUGUGAACUCAUGGUGAGUUUCCCCAAUAAAUGGGGUGCUGAAACCCUCAAGGACCAAGAGGUGUGAAGUUGUACCUGCUGCCUUGGAUGCUCUGCACUGCCUCUAGCCGCUGCUACCUGCAGCAGUCUGGGCAGGGCUCAGACUUUCCAGUUGGAACUCUGCUUUGGGAUGGCACCUUGCUUUCUAAAUGGCUCCUCCCCUUGCCCCCCCUCUCCCUGUGUCUUAUUUCAGUGUCACCAAUAUGCUACAAGUUCUCAUGCUUUCCUCAGGGCUGCCAGUGACACUCAGUGUUUGAGUUCUUGGAUGGAAUAUUUUUGUUUGAUGGGCAGGGGAGGAGCAUUUUCUAAUUACCAUGGAGACAGUGCUUACUUUCUAAAGGAGGAGAAACUCAGAUUCUUUUUCUUUUAAUGUGAACUUCUUUGAUUUUGUCCAAUUCUGUCUGCCCUUUAAUUUAAGUGGUGAUACUCUUUCAGUAUUAACCCCUGCAACACUUCCAGCCUUUGCUUGUAAUCCCUAAAGCCAUAUUUGCUCCCUGUGCCUCACCAAAAGUCUGCAGUACAGGGAGCAGUGCUGCUAUUACAGCUGGGUAGGGUUCUGCUGUCACCCUCAAACUGACACUGUGGUACCUCUGCUGCUAUGUUUAUAUGGAACCUGAACCUGAUUCCCUGGCACAAGUCCUUCCUGUUGGAUUUUUGUUGGGUUCUGCCUCUAUUCCAUGCCUUCAUGGGCUGGUGUCCUCAGGCUCUAGUGCUGCCAGAGGAAUGUGCAGCCUCAGAGGCUGCCCAGGGGUUUGGAUCCCUGCAUUCCACAGAUGUAUUUUUUUAAAUGUUCUGAAGGUUAUAUGCAGGACUGACAAUAAAGCAAUGUUACAACUGC